AUGGGUGGAGAUCUCAAUUUAAAGAAGUCGUUUCAUCCCGGCUUGCUUCGCAAUCAGAAACGAGUCUACGAAGAAGAGCAAAAAGCCCUCGAAGAACGCAAGCGGACCCAACAACGCAUCAAUGAACUCAAAGAAGAGCGCGCAAAGGAGGAGGUGCAGCGGCAGCUCGAAGCCGCCGGCGGCCAGAAACGAGUCGAUCGCGUCGACUGGAUGUACCAGGGCCCCACGGACGGGCAGAUGGGCACCACCGAAGAGCGCGAGGCGUACCUCCUCGGCAAGCGCCGCAUCGACAACCUCAUCAAGGGGACGGAUCAUCAGAAGCUCGAGAAGAACGCGGGACAGGAGAGUUUCAUGGUGAUGCAGAGCGCGAAUUCGGCCAAGGAUAUGGCCGCGAAGAUUAGCGCGGAUCCGUUGAUGCAGAUCAAGAAGCAGGAGCAGGCGGCUUAUGAGGCUAUGAUGAAUGAUCCGAUUAAGAGGAGGCAGUUGCUUGCGUCGAUGGGGAUAACAGAGAAAGAGAAGGAGAAGGACAAGAGGAAGUCGAGGAGGGAGGAUCGGCAUGAUAGACAUAGGAGCGAAAGGCAUCGGCGUGACUACUCUGAUGAUGAGAGAGAUCGGAGACGGAAACGGUCUCGCUCAGAGUCUAGGUCGAGAAGCCCGCCACGCCGGCGGAGGACGGAGGGUGAUGAUGAAGACAGCCGGAGGAGCAAGAGAAGACGCGAUUCCCCCGAGAGGAGGAGGCGCCGCUCCCCCGAUGAUGAGAGGGAAAGGAGGAGGCACAAAUCCCCUUCGGCUUCCCGGUCGAGGUCACCAACCCUGAGAUCCAAGGAUGAUAGGAGCUACCGGGAGAGGGAUGGCAAAUCUCACCGGAGUCACCGCGACAGGCAGGUCUCGCCUACCCGCCCAGAUGAUGAUCGAAGGAGUUCCCGGAGACGUGAUGAGUCUCUGGACAGACGUCGGCCAGAGAAAGAAAGGGGUGAUGAUAGGAGAGGCGAUGACCGGAGGAGGCGUGACGAUUCCGCAGACGGUCGCCGCAACGGAAGAGAGAACGGCGACCGAAGGAAUGGCGACUGGAGGCGCAACGACCGGGAUGGACCCCGCCAUCCCCGCGGAGGCAGAGAUUACGACAGGAGACCUGGUCCCCGGGAAGACCCACGCCCAUCCGAUCAAGACCGCGCAAAGAAGCUUGCCGAGAUGCAGCAAGCCGCUUCGGAGCUUGACCUUGACCGCGAACGACGUCUUGCGGCCGUCGAGGAUCAGGAGCGCCGGGCGAGGGAUGAGGAUGACAAGGCUCGGGAGGCGGCAGCCAAGUAUGGAGGGGACAAGCGAUUCAUCAAUGGCAUUCGGCAACAGGCUAAUAGUUUGGGCCUUGCCGAGAGUAUGGGUCGUGGCCGGCGGGGGCUUCAAGCUGAUGAGGACUAG